CCGCCUCCCGCGCCCCGCCAGGGGCGGGGGCGUUGCGAUGAAGCGGGGGUUCGAGGCUAAGCCGGCCCUCGAUGGAGCAGGUGACCCGCUCGGGAGAAGUCGCCAACAAGGUGACCAUGGCGGUGGCAGCGUCCAGCCCGGCCUUGGAGCUCCCAGACCUGCUGCUGCUGGCCGGCCCCGCCAAGGAAGACGGACAGCUGCAGCUCCUACGACUGUCCCCCCUGCAGUUCAUCCAGCUCUUCAUCCACAAUGAGAGGCGGCAGCAACUCAAGGUCAAGUUCUGCACGGGCCGCGCCUUCUACCUGCAGCUGCGUGCGCAGCCCGAGACCCGCAAGCGCGAGUUCGGCAAGUGGGUGCGGUUGCUGUACCGCCUGCGCUUCUUCGAGGCCCAGGGCGCCGUGCCCUUCACACACGACCCCUGGGCACUGGGGGAUGACGAAGAGGACGAGGACGGGCCCUGCCAGGAGUGCGGGCAGCUCCCAGCCAAGGAGGCCAUACUGGACCCUCAGACUUCUGAGCUCUGGGGGCUCUGACUACAUCCCGUGUGGUCAGGGUUACCUAAGGACCAGGGCCGGAGGCCCCUGACGCCAGGGCUGCCCAGGGCCCACAUCAGAGUUCACAGUCCGGCCACCCUGGAGAUUUCCCAGGGACUGUCGGACAGCCGCGUGGAGCACCCUUCCCGGCAUGCCUGCCUCACACCGUCCCUCCCCUGUGACUCCUGGAGUUGCUACAGCACCAGCCUGCAUCCCUUCUCCCCCGGCGGCUGCCUCUUUAAAGUAGUCG